CUUCAGAAACGCUCUCGCCUCAGGGGCGGAGGAAUCUUGUCCCACGCCGGACUCCGUCCAAGGCGGGAGUCAGCCGCCUUGCUUCGGCAGGGCGGCGCUGUGAGGGGGUGCGGCGCUCGCUGCCGGCUGCUGCCGCUGCCUCCGCCUCCUCCUUCCCUUCCUCAGUUUAUAAGGCCCGGGCGCCGCUUUCGCUCCGGGUUUUGCUUCCUUGUCUCCGACCUCCAUGGCGUUCAGGCGGGUCGUCACGGUGGCUGCCGCCGCCGCUUGCGGGUUGGCGGGCGGCUCUGUCUUCUUCUCCGCCGUGCCAGUGGGGAAGCAGGAGCAAGUAGCUAAGACCGGCGCCGGGGACGCUCUGGAGACCCUGUCGUCGUCUUCGGCUCCUCCGCCAGGGCUGCUGCUCCAGCAGCCUUCGGCGGCUGCCUCCUGCCCUGCCACGGCGCCCGGCUGGCUCGAGAAGCCCAAUGGCUGCGGAUACUGGGACAGCAACUGGGACAGGAGAGAACCACUGGCUCUAAUGAACUUGAAGAAGAAAAAUGAAGAGACUGGGGAAGAGGAGGACUUGUCUCGUCUAGCCCGUUACAAAGCAAAAGCUACCAGGCACAUAUUCCUUGUACGUCAUUCUCAGUACAACUCAGCUGGGCGCUGUGAUAAAGAGAAAAUUCUGACCAAGUUGGGUCGUGAGCAAGCUGAGUUGACAGGGGAAAGGCUUGCAAGCUUGGGACUAAAAUUUGAUAAAAUUGUCCAUUCUUCUAUGCCCAGAGCAACUGAAACAACCAACAUCAUCAGCAAACAUCUUCCUGGGGUGAAGAAAUCGAGCACUGACCUGCUGCGUGAGGGAUCUCCAGUUGAGCCAAAUCCUCCUGGCUCUCACUGGAAGCCAGAAGUUGUGCAGUAUUAUGAAGAUGGGGCUCGCAUUGAAGCUGCCUUCCGAAACUACAUUCAUAGGGCUGAUGUAAAGCAGGAAGAGGAUAGCUAUGAAAUCUUUGUCUGUCAUGCCAAUGUCAUCCGUUACAUAGUUUGCAGAGCAUUACAAUUUCCUCCUGAAGGUUGGCUUCGGAUAUCCCUCAAUAAUGGCAGCAUCACCCACUUGGUAAUCCGUCCUAGUGGCAAAGUGGCGCUUCGAAUGCUUGGCGACACAGGAUUUAUGCCUCCUGAGAAAAUCACACGCUACUGAGUGAGCCUUUUCUGGCAUUAUUUUUGGACUUUCUCUGCACCAGUGCAGCUGUGGUACAAGGCUAUGGCUCAGUAGGAUAUUGAGUUUCACAGCGGUGCUCAACAAAUGCCUCCUCUGUCCCUCCCCCCCACUUCAUUUAUAUGUCAAUAGGAGGGCUGUUCAGCAUAGAGUUCAUGGUGCACUUGGCACAUUCCACUAUGGACGUCUCCUAUGCAGCAUCUGCAAUGCAAUCUCCUUCACGGUUAAAAUGAAUGGAGACAGUGGUACUCGAUGGAAUGAAGAACCUAAAGUGAGCGGUUUAUUCACAUGAGGGUGAUACUUGCCUGGUUGCACUAGGAAAAGGGCCCUGACUUCUAAUCGAAGUAUAUACCUCUAUGUAGAGAGGAUUUCCCACUCCCCCUUUACUGUGGAAAAUGAAGUACAGCAAACAUUGAAAGCCCUUCUUUAUAGCACUGGUAAUCUAGAAGCUUAUUUUUGCUGGACCAGCAAGAGUUCGGGCACAAGUGCUUUCAACAACUGCAAUGUGACUGAGCUUUAGUAACAUAAGAGUUCAACUCUGUUACACUUCUGAAAGUGUUACUUAGAGCAAAGGAUGGAAACUGAAAGUGUGCAAAAGGCAUGUAUUGGAACCCCCCCUCAUUUUGGUGAGAACAAAAGGUAGUGGAACAUCAUAUGGAGACAGCUGAUGUAACAACCCUUCUCAGUGGUAUCCAAGGUGAAGAUAGACUGUCUUAAAGGAGACAGAACUUACUCUGUUCUUCUUACUCCAACAUCAUUCACUUAGCUUGUUUUUUUAUAAAAGUGGGCUCUUCUCAUUUGUCUUAAAAACAUCCCUUUCUCACAACUAAUGUAAAAGCCUACAUUGAACCAAUCUCAAAGGUCUGUACCACUUCACUGUUUACUGGUCAUUUGGCACUGAAGAAAAGCACAUCUGGAGGCACAGGUGCUAAACUAAAUCUAGAACUGAGACUCAUUUUUCCCAUCUCCCCAAGCAUAGCCCAUUCUGUAUCUUCAGCUUGCUUAGUUGUCUAUUUCAUGAUGUAUCAAAGCUACUUUUUGAAAUUGAAGAAUCUACUGCUGGUGAAAUGCUUCUGGGAAAAGGCAUUCUGUACUCAUGGGCCAUGGUGGUGGACUGUUUUUCAAUCAAUGCAAGAAAUUUAACUUAUCUUUGUAAAAUAUCUGCAAAUAUAGAUUUUUAUUAACUUCA